AAACCAACAUCCCCAUCCCUCCACCCCCGUAGCCAUUCUCCAGCAAGCAAACAUGGCUACGCAAUACAAUCUUGAGCCGCAAACAGAGUAAAAAUCUCCUCCUCCCCCCUCCCCUUUCUUCCUAAUGCUGUACCCCGCAAGGUUAUAUACAAUGCUGAUUCCCAUUCGUCCAGCGCAAAAGUCGUCCUAAAAACAACCCAUGGCGAUCUCUCCCUGGAACUCUGGUCAAAGCAGACCCCGCUGACUACCCGCAAUUUCUUGCAAUUAUGUCUGGACGGUUACUACAACAAUACAAUUUUCCACCGUCUCGUCCCCGGUUUCAUUCUACAGGGCGGCGACCCCACCUCCUUGGGCCAUGGCGGCGAGGCAAUCUACCCCGGUGGUCUAUUUGCGGACGAGUUCCACCCCCGCCUCAAAUUCAAUCGUAGGGGGCUGGUUGGGAUGGCGAAUUCCGGGAGGAGGAAUGACAAUGGGAGUCAGUUCUUCUUUACGCUCGGAGAGUGCCGGGAGCUGACCGGUAGGAAUACCAUGUUUGGGAAGGUGGUUGGGGAGACGUUGUAUAACCUUGUUAGGAUCGGGGAGAUGGGGGUUGUGGAGGGGGGUGAGAAGCCGGUCUACGAUGUUAAGAUUUCUACGGUGGAGGUUCUGGUUAAUCCAUUUGGGGAUGUGGUCGCUAGGGUUAACGAGGAGAAAAGGCCCGAGGGAGAGCCCAAAAAAAAGGGUGGUGGGAAGAAAAAGAAGACCAAGGCAUUACUCAGUUUCGGCGGGGAUGAGGACGGCGAGGAAGGACCUGCAGUUGCCAAGAAACCAAAAUUCAAUGCCAAGCUAGUGCUUGCGGCACCAUCAGCGGACGAGGAGGAUAGGGCCCCCCGGAAGGAAAAGGUCGCACCGGAGGCAUCAGAAUCAGUCAAUAAACAGCCCAUAACAAUUGAAACGAUCGCCAAAGCUAAUCACGAAGAUGAAGGAAUAUCAGAUCCGGCGCCCUCCCCAUCACCAACACCCCCGCCGCAAACAAUCCGAAGAGCUCCCUCACCAAAGCUAACAAAGCUACAAAAGACUAAUGCCGAAAUCGCAGCCCUCAAAGAAAGCCUGAAACGCCGAACCAGCCCUCCCACAGCAGAAACAAAAACAAAGAAGAGUCUUCUAAGCAUCCACAAGUCACUCUUGCCUUCAACAUCUGUCCAGGGCCGAAAGCGGAAACGUGCAAAAGCCACAGCAGACGACGGUGACGGCUACGCUGCUCUUCAACGCUUCAGAUCAAAACUUGACUCUGCCCCUUCUCCUACCACUACCAGUACCACCGGCACUAUCCCAUCCACAGAAGUGGGAGCGACUACGGGUGGCAGGCCGAUUGAGGUACUUGACCAUGACGACGAGUCCAGCCUGUGCGACCUCCACUUCAUACCAAACUGCCUUUCCUGCAAUGCACAUUUCGAAGAGGAGGACGAUGUUGAUGGCGGUGCGGUAGGGUUGUGGACCCAUGCGUUAAGCUUUGAUAAGGACCGACUGGGCAAGGAUCUGACUUGGAAGAAGAGGAAUGAGGAGAUGGUAGUUAUUGAUCCGAGGGAGAAGGGGAAGGAGAUCCUGAGUAAGGGGAAGGACAAGGGAAACGAGUGGGGCAGGAGGAGGGAUGGGGAGGGGCGGGAUGCAGGUAGCAGAAAUGGCAGUGGAGGGAGAGGCCGGGGUUGGGUUGACCGCGGGGGGCCGAGUGGGAGCAGAAGUAUAGGUAAUUAUUAG